CCGUCUCUCUUGGCUCUCAUGUCGUAUUCUAACGGAAUCCUCGUUUUCUCGUGAUGCAAUGCUACUCUUUUCUCUCUACCAUUGCCCUUUUUUUAAUCCAACCGGUGGGUGGGAAUGACCCACCUUCCAACCCAACGCCAAGCCUAUUUCCUCAGGGGAAAUCGGCUCCAAAGAUCGGGCCACCGCUAAGACGCAUGCAACUGCGAGCGCGCAGUUCCAUCUCUUUCUCCUCCGCUUUUCUCGAGGUCGAGUCGGUACGCGAAGUGAAGCCCGCGAUACCCACGCUAAAAGCGAUUGUUUGAUUAUCGGCACAACAAUUCAGGCACAUUGGCAUAUGGGCCCUGCUAUUGAAUUCACGAACCCGCUUCUACACCCCGUUGGAAGCCUCCUUCAAUGUUCAUCAUUUUUUUUUCCUUUCUUCUAGGCAAUCAAGUCAUGGGAACAGCUCGAGGUGCGUUCCAUCUAUA